AGUGUCAGAACAGGAAUCAGGGAUCGUGCAGACGGCUAUGUCGUGACGGAAAUGUCCUGGCCAGCUUUCCUGUAUGAAAAGUACAUGGCUGAUCAGGACAAUCUGGAGGAGGGCCUCUGCAAGAGCAGUCUUUUAGUUCAGGUUUUCAAAGCUAUAUUCACGUCUUCCUCCUCUGCCAAGGAGGUCGCGGAUGAAGGUAAUGAGGCCGAUAUUAUUGCUAAUAACCAACGCGUCAAUAAGGAUUUGUAUUCUGGCAAGAAAGUUAAGACACACGUAGUGCAAAUAAUCAAGAUGCAUAAAGUCACUCCCUGUUCAAUUGCCUAUGUGUCAUGUCAACUGCAAUUCGCCCUUUCUUCUGUGACCUCAUGGCACUCUAUCGAUGGUGAUUUCGACUACAUCCCAUUU